AUGGGUAAUCAACAGCCAACAGGUCGUACGCGUAGUGAUAUAUAUUCACAGUACGAGCGAGAUGCCGAAGACGGUCGUUUCAUGACCCUUGACAAUGAGUCAUCAAUGCAUGCCAAUCCAUCACCAUUAGAAGAACGAAUCUCAUUAAGGCAAGACCCGAGUUUACCAAUACGCAUACGCUAUCAGCGUCAAAUGCAACAGUAUCUUACUCAACAAGCUGUAGAUGCCGAAUUAAAAAGCGGGAAAAAAACUAUUCCAGUUGUAUUUAAAUAUCCAGCUUCACCAAAAGAUAAAGAAGCUUUAUUAGCUGGUUCAUUUACGAAUUGGAAAGAGACUAUAGUAAUGGUUAAAAGUGAGAAUGAUUUUGUUGCUAUUUUGGAUCUACCUGAAGGAAGACAUGAGUAUAAGUUUUUUAUUGAUGGCCGAUGGGAAUAUGAUUUGAACGAACCAUCCGUAGACGAUAGUCAUAGUGGCCGUAAUAAUGUUGUUACUGUGAAAAAAAGUGAUUUCGAAGUUAUGGAAGCACUUCAAUUAGAUUCAAUGACCACUAGUAGCAGUCAUAGUUCAAAUAUAAAUAAACAAAAGCAAAAUCAUCCUGAAAUGGCGCGUUCACCACCGGGUCUCUAUGAUAAAACAUGGCCGCCGGCAAAUCGUGAAGAAUUUUUACCAACAGAUAAACCACCAUUUUUGCCACCACAUCUUCUCAAUAUUAUUCUUAAUCAAGAUACGGCUGCACAUUAUGAACCGGCUCUAUUACCUGAACCAAAUCAUGUUAUGUUAAAACAUCUUUAUGCAUUAUCAAUUCGUGAUGGUGUCAUGGUAUUAAGUACAACAGCACGUUAUAAACAAAAAUUUGUCACAACAUGUUUUUAUAAGCCGACGGGCUAA